CGGGCACAUCAGCCCACUUGACAACCUGUCAAGCUCAGAUAAUGCAGCCCAGUGUGUGUACCGCCGGCCGGAAAGCAGACAAUGCUUGCCGUUCCUUGUUAUCCUUAGACCCUCGCGUUUGCACCCUCAGCUCGGCGGGCUUUUCGUCCUACACCCACAACCGCCACAGCCCAGCAGCAUAAGUACUUCUGAGCACGUGCAACUCAGCACGCAAGGAGACUCCCUUCAUACCCAAGACACCUGAAUCCGUUUUCUCAUACCACCAAAGCAGAAAAGGCUGGCCACUGCCAUGGAUAUCCGGGUCGGAAACCUCAAGAAGCCAAUCGAUGUUUCGGAGUAUCUCUUCAGGCGAUUGCACCAGGUCGGCGUCAGGUCUGUCCAUGGGUUGCCAGGAGACUACAACCUUGUGGCGCUAGACUACGUUCCCAAGGCGGGUCUCAAAUGGGUUGGCAAUUGCAAUGAGCUCAAUGCAGCUUACGCUGCCGACGGCUAUGCCCGUGUCAAUGGCAUCGCCGCCAUCGUCACAACUUUUGGCGUGGGUGAGCUCUCCGCAAUCAAUGGCUUGGCGGGCGCGUUCUCGGAGAUGGUUCCUGUCGUCCACAUCGUCGGCACUCCAUCAACCGCUUCUCAGCGGGACGGCAUGUUGCUUCACCAUACAUUGGGCAAUGGCGACUUCAACGUCUUUGCCAACAUGAGCGCCCCAAUCUCAUGUGUGGUCGCCAAGCUGGCCGACCCGGCCGAGAUUCCUGGCCAGAUCGACCAUGCUCUGCAACAGUGCUGGCGCCAGAGCAGGCCGGUGUACAUCACCCUGCCUACAGACAUGGCCACUCAAAAAGUUGAGGGCCAGCUUCUCGACACGCCCAUCGACCUCUCCGAUCCUGAAAAUAAAGACAAGGAGGGCGAGGACUAUGUUGUGGAUGUCGUCCUCAAGUACCUUCAUGCCGCCACCUCCCCCGUGGUCCUCGUUGAUGCCUGUGCGGUGCGACAUCGCGUUCUCGAAGAAGUCCACAGCCUCCUCAAGAAGACCAAGCUGCCCACUUUCGUUACACCAAUGGGCAAGAGCGCCGUGAACGAGGACCACGAGUUCUUCGGCGGUGUGUACUCGGGCGAUGCAAGUGCGCCGUCAGUCAGGAAGAUGGUGGAGGAGAGCGAUCUUGUGCUCAGCAUUGGCUCGCUCCAGAGCGACUUUAACACGGCGGGCUUCUCCUUCCGCUUGUCCCAGCUCAAGACGAUCGAACUGCACAGCGACCACUGCAAGGUUCGGUACUCGGAGUAUCCCGGAGUGCGCAUGAAGGGUGUCCUCCGCAAGCUCAUCGACAAGGUAGACGUAGGUAGGCUCAAGGUCAACAAGGUCCCGCCGCCCUCUUCGUCAUCCUCGCAGGCCAGCAAGGACGCUUCCGCCAAAGACGACAUCAUCCGGCAAGACUUUUUCUGGCCCCGCAUCGGCCAGUUCCUGCAGAAGGACGACAUUGUGGUGACAGAGACGGGCACGGCCAACUUUGGCAUCUGGGACACGCGAUUCCCCGCGGGUGUGACGGCCUUGAACCAGACGCUCUGGGGCAGCAUCGGCUGGGCCGUGGGCGCAUGUCAGGGUGCCGCCCUUGGUACCAAGGAUGCCGGCACACACCGGCGCACCGUCCUCUUUGAAGGUGAUGGCAGCCUGCAGCUCACUGCUCAGGAGAUCAGCACCAUGAUCCGCCACGAGCUAGAUGUCAUCAUUUUCCUCAUCGUCAACGAUGGCUACACCAUCGAGCGCCAUAUCCACGGCAUGGACGCCGAGUACAACGACGUGGUGGCGUGGAAGUACCAGGACCUCGUCGACGUCUUCACUCCCGCAUCCUCCUCCUCCUCGUCCAGCAAGACACCCACAAAGUCGCCGAGGAAAUACCAGGUCCGCACGGUGACUGAGCUCGAAAAGCUCCUCACCCAGGACGGCGACUUUGCCGCUGGCGGCGGCCUGCGCUUCGUCGAGCUGUACAUGCCCCGAGAGGACGCGCCUGCUAGUCUCAAGCUGACCGCCGAGGCGAGCGCCAAGAGGAAUGCCGAGUAGCGAGAGGAGAAAGAAAAAGCAGGUAACCCGUAUUGCCCUUGCCGUGUGAUGGGCAAGAAGAGGUCAAAGCAUUACGUGUAGUUCCCGUUGUUGUGCGCUUCAUUGUGCGGUUUCUUGGAUUUUCUAUCGAUGUGUUGGGGAGCAGCUCACCUCACUCAGAGAUUUGCAAUGGUGACGAGGAGGUUCUGUCCUCGCUCCCGGAUGGUGUCACAUGGGUAGCCAUAUGCCGAAUCGACGGACAUGCGGCCAUGCGCAACGGCACAAACGAGACGUAUGAUACGAGCUCGACAAAUUGCAAGAAAGGAAGGCCUAAUCAUUACUGAAAGGUUCUGUAAUUAUAAUCCAACACUCUUGUCUUCAUGUAAACAACUAAAUACGUCGCGAUGCUCGCCAUUCUGGGG